AUGAGCUUCGUCUUCCGGGGAGCGAGGGGUGACGUAGAGAAUGGGUUCGCGGAAUUUGUCCCGGAGAGGCGCGUCUUGGUAUGCCUUCUCUCUCUCUCUCUCUCUCUCGGCUCUUUGUUCAUCUCUGCCUUCUCGUACAACCCCGUGAUCAGAGUUAAUUUGGCCUUCUCUCAGCGUGCACAUACUGGAGGACGCCCAGCCAACGCCAACUCGAUGGUUUUCCUCUUUACAGGUGCAUUUUUUUCGUGCACUCCAGGUUAUUUUCUUCCGUGUUGGAUGAUAAUAUUUAACGGGCAUUUCCAUCCAUUAAUUUGCGCAGUUCUUCUGCUGUUCAUGAUACUGAACUCGCAUCAGAUGUCGCCAAAUUUCCUGGUGAGUCAUGGCCGGCGGUUGUUCGAUUUUGAGCUGAUUAGAGUGGUUCAUCCUCAAGCCUCUGAAUCCUCCGUUUUGAGACUCUGUUCUUCAGAUUUGGCUGGUGCUGGGUGUUUUCUUUAUGGCGACGACUAUUCGGAUGUAUGCAACCUGCCAGCAGCUCCAUGCCCAGGCCCAAGCUCGUGCUGUUGCUGCUGCAACUGGUUUACUUGGUCAUUCUGAGCUGCGGCUUCAGAUGCCGGCCUCUAUAGCCUUCGCUGCCAGGGGGAGACUGCAAGGUUUCAGGCUCCAGCUAGCACUUCUUGACCGGGAACUCGAUGACUUAGGUAGUACUUAUUCCUCACCUGUGGAGUAUUCGGCUCACAUGCUCAAGCUUCUGCCCUGUGACGAGUUCUCUGGAUGGUGCUAUUUAUCAUCUCUACUCGUUUAUAAACCAUUUACUUGAAUUUUCAUGUUCUUGCGUGCAGAUUAUGAUGCUCUAAGAUCAUUGGACGUUGAUGAUAAUACGGGUAUUCCUUCCAUGACAGAGGAAGAGAUCAAUGCUCUUCCCGUUCACCAAUACAAAGUUCAGCCUAAACAUGCAUAUUCUGGCCUAAAUAAGUAAGUGGGAGUGCCUUUUACCUUCGAAUAUGGCAUUCGUUAUGGUCCAUCUUUAGGUUGUAAUUUACGGUAGUCAUUCAGUUCCAAUGUAUGUGGAGUAAUGGUGAUUUGAUUUUAUCUGCAGUGGCUUGCCGCUGCCGCCACCACAACAGUCAACGCCAUCAUCUUCUGAUUCAUCAACGGAGGUAAUUUUUUUUUAUUUUAAAGCUAAAUUUUCUUAUAGCUUCUCUCCCCUCCACGAACAGGCCCUUGCUCUAAAGAAAUAUCGCUUCUUUCUUUCUUUCUUUCUUUCUUUCUCCUUUUGGUUGAUUCUAUGAGCCUUUCUGUCCGUUUUAGAUGCUUCAAUGCACCCAGUGAUGUGCUUUUUCCCCAGAAUGCUGGAACUUCGCCACUUCAUAUUUGGCACAUUAUUGCGCAUUAUCUCUCCACAUGGGCCACUUGAGCUGCCAUUGAUUAAUGCUUCGUCUUGGGUAAUUUAUGUAUUUAUAUUUUCUUGAUUAAUGCUCCUGUGAUGCAUGAGCAACCCAUUUUUUAUCAUUAGUAUCAGAGUUAGUGCGGAAAGAAAAAGAAUAUUUUUUGAGAGCAAAUAAAUGAUUUAUUAGGAAGUCAACUUUCUAACCUGAAGCGUAGUCAGAGAAGAAGCACACACCGAUUUGCUAUUAUAUUUUUUAUUAAUAUGGGUUUUCCGGUUUAAAUAUCUUCCUCGAUGUCAAAGAUAAUGACUUUUGACGCCUUGGAACAGAAGAAGCAGGUCAACGGAGCUCCUGAUGCGAAUAUUAAAAGCCCAGAUGAUGAGCUGCUGUGCAGCGUCUGCCUGGAGCAAGUCAACGUAGGAGAGCUGAUUCGCAGCUUGCCGUGCUUGCAUCAGGUACCUCAUUUCCAUCUUACCUUUUUUUUAGAUUAUUUAUUGCCGAGUCCCAGAAAAUUUCCCAUAUUUGUCUUUUAUUCUACCCUUCGGGGAUCUAUUUCUAAAUAUAAAAAAUAUUUGUUCCUUCUGCACAGUUCCACGCCAGCUGCAUUGAUCCAUGGCUACGUCAGCAGGGGACGUGCCCAAUCUGUAAGCACCGGGCAGGCUCCGGGUGGGAGGCCAGGCCCGAGGGCGCGCUGGACAGAUCGUCCUACGUGGCUUGA